AUGAGCCGAAGAAAUUCGCUGAGGAAGAAGCUCAUUGACGAGCAAAAGGUGAACCAGAUUUCCGUUCCUUUAAACCCAAUUUCUGAUUUUCAGUUUUUGAAUAAUAAUUUUGAUGAUACCGAGAGUCCCUUAGAGAAAGUGAACUAUGAUAGUGUGAAAGAGAGUGAAUUUAGUAAUGAGGUUGUUGCUGAUGAUAGUAGUAUAGCUGAAACGAGUGAUGUAAAAGAACCAAAUGCAAAAAACCUUGGUGAUUCUGUUUUUUUGAGUAAAUUGGAUAGUUGGAUGGAGCAGUAUAAGAGAGAUACCGAGUAUUGGGGUAUUGGUUCUGGUCAUAUUUUUACUGUUAAUCAAGAUUCUGAUGGUAAUGUUAAAGUGGUUUCGGUUGAUGAGGAUGAAAUCUUGAGAAGAAGCCGAAUUGAGAGACUGGAAUUGGAGGACUCGGCAGAGGUGAACUUGAAAAUUUUGCAAGCAGAGAGUUUGGCUAGAGAGAUGGAGAGUGGGAAAAAUGUGAUUCCGAGGAAUAGUUCGGUAGCCAAGUUUGUUGUUGAGGGUGAGGACUCGGGUUUUAUGAAGGCAAUUCAGGGUUUUAGUUUUCGACCAGAGUUCUUGCCGAAGAUAUCUAGAUUUGGGAGACUGGUGUUGUAUGGUUUCAUUGCAUUGUGGGCAUUGAAGAAGUUAUUCAGUUUUGGAAAUAAAGAAGAACGGUACUCAGAGUUGGAGAAGGAAAUGAUGAGGAGAAAGAUUAAAUCAAGAAAGGAGAAAGAGAUGUUAGAGAAGGGCAGCGUGGAAGUUGUUCAAGCAUCUUCAGAAUUGCCACUGGGUCCCUUUAAAAAGCCUAGCAUUGAUAAGCAAGAACUUAUGAAGGCUAUUAUGAGAGAAAACUUGUCAAAUGGCAACCUGGCUUUGCAAGAUUCUUCAACUUCCAUGAUUGUUGCCGAAAAUACUGAUUUUGAUGAUAAAGUUCAGGAAAUCAGAAAUAUGGCCAGGCAAGCGCGUGAAAUUGAGGGUAGGGAACAUUCUUUGGUUGGUACGGAUAGAAAAGAAAUUCAGACUGUGAAUGAAGAAAUAUCAGAUGAAACUGUGAAUGAUGAACUUUCAGAUGAAAUUGUGCAUGAUGAAAUUUUGGAUGAAAUCAAAGUUGUCAAACAGCAUGAAGAAGAGGGAGCAAAUACUCUGACCAACCCUUUAAAUGGAGAUUGCAGACAAACUAAGGGUAGUGGUGAUACUGCAUCUCUUGAAAAGUUAGACUAUUCUAAGGAUGGGGAUAUUCAAACUUCUAGUAUUCCGCAUAUAGAAGUUUCAGAUGAUAGGCAAAGCACUAACCAGGAUGUAAGAGGCAGUGAACAUAAUUUACACUUAACAGAUGAUUCUCCUUUUAGGGAGUCCAACAAGCCCAAAAAUAGUUCUAUCCAAGUAAAACCAAGGGUCAUAAGGUCUGUGAAAGAAGCUAGGGAGUACCUAUCUAAAACCCGUGACAAAAUAAAGCUUAAUGAAGAGCCCCAGUUUGAACCUGUCACAGGAAGUGAUGCUCUUGUACGGCUAGAAAGUGAUGAAGACUCUGGCAACAAUGUGAGUCAGGGACCGGUCAUGGUUAAUAAUAUAUUUGCACCUGAAGUUCCAGACAGGGCAUCAGGUUCUCCAUCUAGGGAAAAUGCAUGUGAACAUUGUGAUCUGAAGGAUAAGAAAUUUGAUGAUAAAAAGAAUGAUAAACCUGAUGAAACUGAGAAAACAUACAUCAGGGACGAUGUUCAAAAGCAACAGGUUUCUUUAGAUCAUGAAAGUAAUGACAGUGAUUCAAUUACAGAGCCAUCUGUAAAAUAUGAGAACUGGAUGGAGGAAAACUUCAAUGAAUUUGAACCUAUAGCUAAGAAGAUUGGAGUUGGUUUUAGAGAUAAUUACAUGGUUUCAAGAGAAAAGGGAGAUCAACAAUCAAGUAUGAGUUCUGAGAUGACACAGCUUGGGUCUAAUGAAGAAGAUGACAGUGAACUUGAAUGGAUGAAAGAUGACAGUCUCAGGGAAAUUGUUCUUCAAGUCCGAGAAAAUGAGUUGGGAGGGCAGGAUCCGUUUUAUAUGAUGGAUUCUGAAGAUAAGGAUGCAUUCUUCAAGGGUCUUGAGAAGAAAGUUGAGAAAGAGAAUAAAAAGCUGUCGAAACUGCACGAGUGGCUCCACUCAAACAUUGAAAAUCUCGAUUAUGGUGCAGAGGGUAUCAGCUUGUAUGAUCCACCAGAAAAAAUUAUACCACGAUGGAAAGGCCCCCCUUUAGAAAAGAGUCCAGAGUUUUUGAAUUAUUUCCAAGAGCAGCGCAACGCAAUUUUUGCUGGAAAUGAUGGGAUUUCAGUGAAAAAAGAUGAGCAGAAAAUUCUUCAGAAAUCAAUAGAAUCCCAAUCCCAUGAGAAUAUUGCCACUUCUUCCGUAGUCAGUGACCCAAAUAAGAAGGAUAAUAGAAAUUCAAAGAUAGUUAUAGAAGGGAGUGAUGGUUCUGUUAGAGCUGGCAAAAAAUCAGGGAAGGAGUUUUGGCAACACACAAAAAAAUGGUCCCAGGGGUUUUUGGAAUCCUACAAUGCAGAGACCGACCCAGAAAUUAAAGCCACAAUGAGGGACAUGGGGAAGGGUUUGGAUCGAUGGAUCACAGAAAAAGAAAUACAGGAAGCUGCUGAUCUGAUGAACAAAAUGCCUGAAAAAAACAAGAAAUUCAUGGAAAAGAAACUCAGCAAGCUUAAAAGAGAGAUGGAAUUGUUUGGCCCACAAGCUGUAGUGAGCAAAUACCGUGAAUAUGCAGAAGAUAAGAAAGAAGAUUACUUGUGGUGGUUAGAUCUUCCUUAUGUGCUGUGCAUCGAGUUGUACACAGUUGAUAAUGAAGAACAAAGGAUAGGAUUUUACUCGUUGGAGAUGGCUGCAGAUCUUGAAUUGGAACCAAAGCCGUAUCAUGUUAUUGCUUUCGAGGACACUAAUGAUUGCAAAAAUCUUGGUUAUAUCAUCCAGGCUCAAAUGGAUAUGUUUGGGAAUGGCCAUGCCUUUGUUGUUGCCCAGCCACCUAAGGAUGUUUUUCGGGAGGCCAAAGCAAAUGGCUUCGGUGUAACUGUCAUUAGGAAAGGAGAGGUUCAGCUCAAUGUGGACCAAAUUUUGGAAGAAGUGGAGGAACAGAUCACUGAGAUCGGGAGCAAAAUAUACCAUGAUAAGAUCAUGCAGGAGCGUUCUAUGGACAUAAGCUCGUUGAUGAAGGGUGUAUUUGGUUUCAGCGGCAAACCCACUAAGAGAACAAGAUCGAAGCAAACGAUGAAGGGUGCAAUUGGAUUCGGUGGCAAACCUGCUAAGAGAAAAAGAUCAAAGCAGACGCUGAACAAGCCUAGCAAGAAAGAAAGCAAAGACUAUAAAGCCGCUACUGCCCCUGAUUCAUUUGCAUUCUGUCUCACCCAAGGCUGGAGGUUCCAGCUCCUCACCAUGGUCACUUUCUCCGGGAAGCCAGACAAAACUAAUUAA